GGGAGCGCCAGUUUGGAUUCCGUGAAGGCGGGAGCUUUUCAACAGUGAUGUCAGGCAAGAAAGGAGAAGGAAGUAAGCAGCCUAAGAAGAGGCAGGAUGAGAGGAGAAAUGGCCAAGAAGAUGGAGGAGGAAGGGGGGAAUGCAGUGAUUCAGAUGAAGAAGAGAAAAUGCGAUCAUAUUUGUCGGAAGAAGCUAACAAAGUUGUGAGGGAGAAGUACCAGGACCUGAUGACUGUGAUCCACCAACAUGCAGAUGAACAGAAAAAUAUGGACACACACAACCUCCAACUGCUGGUGCUGAAGGCCAAUGAAGCAUUUGAUGCUGUCAAGCGGCCAAGAGAAGCAGCAAUAGAUGCACAACUCCUAAAAGUGUGUGGUAACAUGGCAAAAUGCAACAUAGAAACAGCGCAGUCCAGUCUAGCUGUGUUCAAUGCAAGAGAAUUUGCUGAAAAACUCAGCACUUUUGCAGUGGAAGAUGAAGAGAAUAAUUCAGAAAGUGAUGAAGAACCCUGCCUUCUUACCAGGAUCUGCAAGAGUGCUUCCUACUUGUUCAGCAGUGUGUCUGGGAUGCAGCCAUUCUUCAGUGCAAUAGAGUGGAGAAGGCCUGAGACACAGCGAAAGGCCAGGCAGAAGAAAAAUUUUGAGGAUAUCACCAGGCAUAAGGCACAGAAGGUGGCAGUUCUAAGAGACCAUGAAGGAGAAGAGGAGGCAGAGGCAGUAUCAUGGAUGUACAAGAUCUUGAAGCAGUGUUAUGUUAAUGCUGGAAACAUGCCAUUACCAUAUUUCAAGUUUGUAGUAGACCCAGCUAGUUUUUCUCGAAGUGUUGAGAAUCUUUUUCAUGCCAGUCUGCUUGUACGGGAACAGUAUGCUGAGAUCAUAGAAGAUGAGGAUGGCUUGCCUGUCAUACUGCCCACACAAAACACUGGGACUGGGCCUGGGUCUCAAGGGACUCAAGGAGAGGACAAGCAGUGCAUCUUGUCAAUGGAUAUGGAGGAGUGGAGAGAACUUAUUAAAACCUUUGAAAUCACUGAAGCCAUGAUCCCACCAAAGAGACCUCCCACCAGAAAGAGAAAGUAGGCAUGGGAGCAACAUUUGGUUGGGUUUGGUUGGGUGAUUUAAUAUUGAAGUGACUCCCUUCAUCCCUAGUAUUAUCUUACAUACAAACAUAAAUAUAUAUACUUUUUUUUAUAUACGUACAGCUACUUUAGCAGUGUUUUCAGUUUAAAAAUCCAAGACUACUGUCCAUUUAUUUAUUUAUCAUAAACACUCACAGGUUCUCUGAAAUUUUCAUCUACUCUUCACAUCAUCAUCUUCAUUAUGAUAUAUCCAUUUGCACCUCUAAAACUUUUUAUUGAUUUAAAAAAAAAAAAAAAGGUUCUCAGAUUCAUGGAAAGCAUAAAAGUUCCAAAACCAGCAUGUGCAAGUGGGAAUUACAUGUAGAAUGGCCAGCAAAUGUCUAGGAUAUAAGUGGUGGAAAUGAAGUGAUAGUUGUGGAACAAUAGUGAAUGGUGAGGGCAAUGAAAGAUGUAUUAAUAAUGAAGGAUUUUCAUCACAUAUAGAAGAAAAUGUAUGAGUUGCAAGAUGGUGAAAGUGGUAAAAUGCUGAGAUUUUUUGUUUCUGGACAGAAUAAAUGACAAUGACAUUGAAAAAAUAAAUGUUACAGUAGCAGAGUAGGUGUUGUAGGUCAUUUGUAACAUUUCCAUAACUUUUUUCUUUAUUGAGUAAUUGAUUUUUUUCUCUGAUAUAUUUUUUUUUUGCUUCAACUCUCAGGGUAGAUAUAUAAUUUCACUAAUUCUUGAUUUAGUUUUAUCUAAUAAAUUUCAUAGAAUUUUGCUUUUAUUUUAUGAUCUAACAAUUUUUCAGAUUUUACAUACAGUGGGAUCUCAGUUGUCAAACACCUCCCUUUUUCAAACAAAAUUUUGAAGUCAUUAUUGCUUCAUUUGCAAUAACACAAUUUGGUUCUAGAACAAAGUUACUUAAUUUCAAAUAUUAAAAGACAUAGCAAAAGCUGCUGUUUAUUACUAAUUUAUUGUUUCUAUAAAUAUUUACUUUGUUUUUAUAUAUUUUGAGGAGAGAGACAGAGUGUAAGACAGUAAUGCAAUCUUUGAAAUAAGGUAAAUGUGAUCCUGUUGAAAAGUCUACAUGUAAACAGACAGUUUACAUAUUAUUGCACAACUGCAUUUUUCCAGUAGCUUUUUCCAGCAGCAAGAUGUCCAAGUGUUAUGAUCACCAUUUUGUGGUAAGUGCGUUGCUCCUAUCUGUGUCCCUCUGUAAGGCUUCCCUCAGAAGAUCAGUGACAAAGAGAAUACCGGCACAGUCUAAACCAGCAUGAUCUUCUGAUGAGUUCUGUGUCACUAAACAGUAUCUUCUGAUGAGUUCUGUGUUACUAAGUUCAUUCAACACAUCCUUUCUGGAUAAAUUAUUUGUGAACUGGGGAUGUUGUGAAGCAGCCAUCUUGGCUUUGGGAGCAUCUAUCAUAAGCCAGACUGGUGUCUGGGAAAGGAUUAAUCCAUUUUACAUUGAUUCCUAUGGGGAAAGUAGUUUUUUCUUUAACAUUCCAGAUUUUGAACAACAUUCAGGAAUGAAUUAAGUUUGAGAACUGAGGUUCCUCUGUAUUAGUUAGAAAAAGGCUUAAUUUUUCAUGUUGGUGUAAUUAAUUGUAAAAAAGAGGCAGGCAUAGGACUUUUACUGGUAACUAGUUGGCUUUCUGAGUGAUAAUAUUUUGUUGAUAAAUUUAUUAAAGAAAAUUAAUUGUUGCCAUGAUGAUGCUUUUCUGGAUUACAUAGAUGGGAGCAAUAUUUCAUUUCUUUCAUAAGAUGGAUUUCAUGGCAAAGAUUGUAAUGAAAGAGUACAUUUAGUAUUUACAGUGAUGUUCCUUCAUUUUAUGAUGAAUUCUAGACUCAGCAAAUAAUGCUGAGAAUGCAGUGUCCUGCUUUACUGGUAAUUAUCACAGGAGCUGAAAUUCCUUGUUCAUGUUGGUAUGACUGGAAAAGGGAAAAAAAACUUUCCCAGCCUCAUGAGGCACAACAGGCUUACCAUUAAACUGAAAUCAAAGUAUGAGAGAUUAUCAAAAUGUUGCUUCUGCACCCGAUUUUUCUGAAAAUCUAAAAGUUCUUCUUGAAAGUUGGAUAUCUUCAACUUCAUAGAUAUUCAUGUCAGUAUGUCAGACAUUCCUUAUUCAUCUACAUAGACAUCCACCAAUUUUUGUACUAGGCUGAUGUUUUCCUUAACCCACAUACAGUUGGGAACUUUUUUGAUCUUGGAUCACCUUCAUAUCUUUAUUUAAUAUUUUUUAUUUAUUUAUUUUUAGAGUUUUUAACCAUUUGAAUUAGUCUGUUUAAGGGAAAAGUACUGUUAAUACCUGUAAAUCCUCCUGUUGAUUCUAUUUUUUAAAUGAAAAUGCAUUCCUUUAAGUCCAUGAAUGAUCAAUGAAAUUUGGUGUGUCAACCAUUCAGUGGUAAUAAAUGUCAUGAACUUUU